CACUAUCAUCACUUCAUCAUCUGGCUAUUUGAUUUCUUCAUAACUAUGGCAUCAGAAAAGUUAGAAGCCGCUAAUCCUGUUUCGCUAGAGCUCUUCAUGAAAUAUGAUGAAGAGUUAUCACAAGAAUGCAGCAAUAUCAUCGCCACCUUGCCCUCAGAAUCGGAUUGGUUCUCAGUCCAACUCUACCAAUACCAAGGUUUCUGGUACCAGAAGAGGCUGAUUCAAGCAAUCCUCAAUUGCCAGAACCACUUCCAAGCUCAUGACACUGACAUUUUCAUCGUCACCCCACUAAAAUGCGGCACCACCUGGCUCAAAGCCCUCACUUUCACCAUCCUCAACCGCAAGAAAUAUAAUUUGAACCCAAAUCUAGACCCAACCCAAACCGUUGCACCCCACCCUCUACUCACAGCCAACCCUCAUGUUUUGGUGCCAAACUUAGAGUUUGACCUCUACUUUAACACCAAUAAGCUUGAUCUAAGCUCAUUCCCGUCACCAAGGCUCCUUUCUAGCCAUUUACCAUACGCUUCAUUGCCAGAGUCAGUAAAACAAUCAAGAUGUAAGAUGGUGUUCUUGAGUCGAAACCCUAAGGAUGUGUUCAUCUCAUUAUGGCACUUCACGAACAGGUUAAGACCAGACAUUCAAGAGUUCAACACAAUUGAGUACUUGUUUGAGAAGUUUUGUCAAGGAGUGAAUUUCUUUGGGCCGUUUUGGGAUCAUGUGUUGGGGUACUACAAGGAGAGUUUGAAGAGGCCAGAAAAGAUUCUGUUUUUAAAGUAUGAGGAGCUUAAGAGUGAGCCAGUGAGGGUUUUGAAGGACUUGGGAAAUUUCUUAGGGUAUGGUUUUUCUAUGGAAGAAGAAAAUGGUCAUGUUAUACACGAUAUAUUGAAGCUAUGUAGUUUUGAGAAUUUAAAAAAUUUGGAGGUGAAUAAAAGUGGAAAAUUGCCUGCUGGGGUAGAAAAUAAGACUUAUUUUAGACGUGGAGAAGUUGGAGAUUGGAAGAAUUUUUUGACAAUUGGCAUGAUCAAACAGAUUGAUGCUAUUACUGAAGAGAAGUUUGGAAAACAUGGCUUGAAGUUUUAGGCCUACGU